ACAGUCAUUUUAGUUCUCUGUUUUGGUGUACCGCGCCAGUGAGCAGAGCUGAGUCGGGCUUCAGACUGGGGUCGACCCCGCUGAAUAGCAGCUGGUGGGUCGGCGGCGUUGGUGAGGGGUCUUCGCGCGGGUCACCUGCAGCUCCUGACCCCGAUCCGCCCACAGACCGAUGGCGGCGGCCGCGCUGAGGAACCCAGCUCAGGACUCUGGGAGCUAUGGAAGAUUGUGAGCAGAAGAGACACAUGUCUGAGUUAGGCUGAGAGUCAGAACAGCCUGGAAAGGGGAUGUAUAACAGUGAGGCAGAGGGAGGUCGAGUCUUUGUGCAAAGUCACACUGCAGGUUCCCCUGACUACAGAUGCGCUUUCGGGCUUUACACAGUUUGUUGGCAUGGAACAGAGGAUGAAGAAACACCUUCUGCGCAGAGCAUUUCUGUAGAAAGACUGUCACAGGUCAGGGCUCCAAAGUCAGGUCCAUCUACCUUGACAGACAUUUUGCACCUGGCUGAUCUACCUGGGCAAAAACUAUACUUGAUUGGGGCAUGUGCAACCUUUCACCAGGAUCAGAAGCAUUACAGUGCUGAGAAACUCUUGAAAAGGGAUGUGAACAAGCCCUUGUUUGUGAAGCAUUACCUAUUCCAUGUGUCAGGGAAGCCCUUCACCAGUAAGGAGUUUGGGAAGGACUUCCCAGCCACAGUUGGCCUUUUCCAGCCCCAGGCCAUUCCCAACUGUGAGAAGCCAAACAAAAUCAUCGAGUAUGGGGAGGCCUUUCACACUGGAAUAAGUCAUUGCAAGUGGAGUGAAUGCAGAAAAGCUUCUAACCACAAACAUACUUUUGUUCACCCAAGAGUCUACUCUGGAAAAAGCCUUUAUGAAUCUAGCAAAUGUGGGAAAGCUUACCGCUGUGAGUACUCAAUUGUUCAGCUCCAGAGAGUCCACAAUGGAGAAAGGCCAUACGAAUGCAGUGUAUGUGGGAAAUGUUUUAGCCAAACCUCCCACCUAAAUGACCAUCAGAGAAUCCACACUGGAGAAAGGCCUUAUGUGUGUGGUCAGUGUGGGAAAUCAUUUAGCCAAAGAGCUACCCUCAUUAAACAUCACAGAGUUCACACUGGAGAAAGGCCUUAUGAAUGUGGUGAAUGUGGAAAAUCGUUUAGCCAGAGUUCCAAUCUUAUUGAACACUGCAGAAUUCACACUGGAGAAAGGCCUUAUGAGUGCGAUGAAUGUGGAAAAGCCUUUGGGUCCAAAUCCACUCUUGUUCGGCACCAGAGAACUCACACAGGAGAAAAGCCUUAUGAAUGUGGUGAAUGUGGGAAAUUCUUUACACAGAGCCACAGUCUGCUGGAACACCAGAUAAUUCACACUGGAGCAAGGCCAUAUGAGUGUGGCCAGUGUGGGAAAUCAUUUAGCCUAAAAUAUGGCCUCAUUCAGCACCAGUUAAUUCACAGUGGAGCUAGGCCUUUUGAGUGUGACCAGUGUGGAAAAUCGUUUAGCCAAAGAACCACCCUCAAUAAACACUACAAAGUUCACACUGCAGAAAGGCCUUAUGUGUGCGGGGAAUGUGGGAAAGCUUUUAUGUUCAAAUCUAAACUUGUUCGGCACCAGAGAACUCACACUGGAGAAAGGCCUUUUGAGUGCAGUGAAUGUGGGAAAUUUUUUAGACAAAGCUAUACCCUUGUUGAACACCAGAAAAUUCACACGGGAUUAAGGCCUUAUGACUGCGGCCAGUGUGGAAAAUCCUUUAUCCAAAAGUCUGGCCUCAUUCAACACCAGGUGGUUCACACUGGAGAAAGGCCUUAUGAGUGUGGCAAAUGUGGGAAAUCCUUUACACAACACUCUGGCCUCAUUCUCCACCGAAAAUCUCACACCGUGGAGAGGCCUCAUUAAGAGAGCAAAUGUGGAAAAGCCUUCAGCCCAAGGUCUAACAUUCUUUAGCUCCUGAAAGUCCACACUUGAGAAAGUUCUCUUUCUUCAGUAUUAUGGAACUACAGGGCCUUUGUGUGGGAGCCAUCUGCCUGAAGUUGAACCUUACACUACAUUUAAAUCUCCAGAGGGGUGAGAUUCCCCAUGAGGUCUAGGUAUGUGUGAGGCUUACAGGAGCUGCUCUGCAUGUUCUAAACUGCUUGAGACCUUUGCCACAGUUAAAUCAUUGUCAGUUUCUCUGGUAGAAGCCGUCUCCCCUCUACCACCAUGCACAGUGGGCAUCAGUCACCCUGACGUGCUAAGGCAUUGGGCAGCUUCUGUGCUCAUUCCCUGGAGGAAAUCUUGAGCAGUCUGAGUCUUUAGGGGGAAUUUAUUCCUUUUUCUGACUGAUAAAAGCAUAUAUCUAUCUCAGUUUUGGCCAGGUGGAUCCAGCCUGGGUUCUGCUAGAGGCUUCUGUGGAAGGCUUCCCUUCAUGGAAAUUCUUGAUCUCACACAACACUUGGUAACUUUUCCAGCCUCCAAGUCACCACUAGUAACUUGCUGCCUCACAUUGCUCUAGUUUGUGCGCUAAUAAACGCCUUAUUGUUAAAUCUA